UCAAUUAGAUGGUGGGAGAACGGAGAAGUGAUUAUGGUGGCAGGCAUGGGAAGUUUGAUGAUGAUGAUGAAGCAGGUGAUGAUGAAUUAGAGGAGGCCAUUGACGAUCCAAGGUGGGAUAACAUAAAAAAUACAUUCAAGGUGGCGCAAGGAAGAGCUAGACCGGAUAGACCUGAGCUUCGGAGAUGGAAUAAGCAGGAAAAUUGGGGUAGAAGGACAUGGAAAGAGGCCGCACAAUCAACUGUGCCUAAGAUUGUUGGUGAGGGAGUCUAUGGAGUUGGACCAGUUUUGGCUGCAUUAUCAGCUGGAAGAAGAGAAUUCUAUGCAUUGUACGUGCAAGAAGGACUGGAGUUGAGUAGCAACAACAGGAAGAAGAAGGACAAGAAAGGAUUCGAGAGAGUUCUGAAGAUUGCUGAAAAUAUUGGUUUAAGUGUUAAAGAAGCAUCGAAGCAUGACCUUAAUAUGGUGGUUGAUAACCGCCCUCAUCAGGGUUUAGUGUUAGAUGCUUCACCAUUGGAGAUGGUAAAAGUAAAAGAAAUGGAUCCUAUUUCUGUUGAGGAAGGGCGAGGUUGCCUUUGGGUAGCCUUGGACGAGGUUACUGAUCCUCAAAAUUUGGGGGCCAUAAUUAGGUCUGCUUAUUAUUUUGGAGCUUCUGGGAUAGUGUUAUGUGCAAAAAACUCUGCCCCGUUGAGCGGUGUUGUAAGCAAAGCAAGUGCAGGCUCUCUUGAAUUAAUGGAGCUCAGAUAUUGCAAGAAUAUGAUGCAGUUUCUAGUGUCUUCAUCUGAAAACGGUUGGCGAGUUCUUGGGGGUUCUGUGUCCUCAAAAGCUGUUUCCUUGGAUGAGAUUGGUCCUGGUCCACCUACUAUUCUUGUUUUGGGCAGUGAGGGCACCGGUUUGAGACCUUUGGUUGAGAAAUCAUGUACUCAUUUAGUUAGGAUUCCUGGGAAUAUUCCCGUUGACUUAGCUGCUAGUGAAUUAGAUGGUGAAGCUACUGGUUUGAAUUGUGAGAUUUCUGGUAAAGAGUUCCAAUCGUUUUUAGCUGUGGAAAGCUUAAAUGUUAGUGUUGCAGCAGGAGUGCUUCUUCAUCAUUUAAUUGGAAAAAAGUUAGAUGCAUCAUUGCCAUAUGUGUGUAGUCAGAGUGAUGCACUUGAAUAAGAGUUGGAAGAUCCCUGGAUGCAUACAUUGACUUACUUUGUGCUACUCUGAGUUUUUCUUGGUGGAGCCUUGUUUGUUUCUUUGAAUAUUGCAUAGCUUGUCGUCUCAUUGAUCAUGCAUUCAUGUUACAUGUAUAAUAUUUUUAGAACCGAAGUUGGUUUAUAAUUAUGACUGUCUUUUCACUGAAA